AUGAAUCCGUUCAGGCUAAAUUUAAAUCAAACUCUACUAAAAGUGGCCAGCAACCAGGUUUCAGUUAAUAGAUUGUCAGUACAAUUGGGGCCGUACAAUUGGGGCCGGUAUGUGAACGGCACCUGGACUGGACUUAUUGGGGAUGUGUCGCAAAAUUUUUUGGUGGCUGAUAUUGGUUUAUCCGGGGUAUCCAUAACCUCUGAGAGGGCACAAGUAGUCGACUUCACCGAAUCACAUAUACUGACAUCACUCACAUUCAUANAUUGUGCCGGCUUAAUAGAGUACUGGAAACUAUUAGAUUAUAGACAACUGGAUCUCAAUAUUGAAAUAGGAUUCUCAGGGGACAGGGAUGCGACGGAAACCUGGGAUACCCUGCUAUUCGAUCAAUUUAAAAUCCAGGGCCGCUUGUUUACAUGUUCACACUAUAAGCAGGAGGUAGUGCCAGGCUCGUCCCUUCCA